AUGAGGGAGGCCCAAGUGCAGGAUUUUUAUGUUUCCCCACCAUUGCCGUAUUACACGGUUAGAAAGACUGUCACCAAGGACUACAAAAAGGGGAUGCAGUGGGAGAUCGACGAGAACAAUAAAACGUGUACAACAAGAAAACUUAACAGUAGUAUGCCUCCGCCCUGUAUACCAGCCAAUGCACAAUUCCAAGGCACGUACCUCUUAUCGCAGACCCUCGAGGUAGAUCGUUGGUACGUUGACGCACCUGCAGCGAGCCAAGCCACCGUGUAUGAAGUGGAGUCCAAGACAUGCUGGCCGGUGUCGGAGACAAGAAGAUCAACUGUCCCAGAUAAGUUUAGGCUGACAAGUUUAACCUUUGAAAAUGUUACGGCUGGGAUAAAGAACCCGGGGAUAUUUAACCUGCCGAGCUACUGUCCCCCAGGGAAGUAGUAGAUGUACCCUGAACGCGUUUGAAUUUGAUCCUUUUAAACCGAAAUUUCACCUGAUAAAUCAAGUGACCAAAGCAUGCUGGAUAAACUUCCAGAAAGGAAAUCGUCAGGUCUAAGGAAAGCAAUAUACAUGUACGAAGACAACGAAGUACAAAAUUCGUUUCUCACACUCAAGUCUUGCGCUGUGGUCUAAGUUGUCGUUGUUCUUUUUCUUCUUCUUCUUCUUCUUAUAAUCAUGUUUUUUUUCUGUUGUUUUUGUUGUUGUUUUUAAUUUUGCAUUUACAUAUUACCCUCUUUCCAAACGAUUAUUACAAUCAGUGUAAUAAAAUCACAAUAUAUAUUAAAAUAAUUAAGUGCAUUUUUAGAGAUAUUAUAGGAAGUGUGUUCCACUUAUUCUUUAUUUUAAUGUUUUAAUAAAACGUUUAAAUGAAACUUUUGGAAAUAUGAAAUUAAAUAGAGGGUGAAAUCAUUAACUAAUACUUUUGUUAGUUAAUUGUUUAUUUGAAUUAUUAAAAUCAUUCGACAGUAGAAUAAAAGACCUAUGACUAGAGGUUACUAAUAAAAAAUG